AGCUACAACAACAACAACCUUUAAGAUGGCUUAUGUAAUUUGGAAAAUAUUCAUAAAGCAAUAUGCUCGCCUCCGUUACAAUACGCAGCCGCCUUUAAGGCCGACAUUGAUCUGGCAUUCGUAUGCAGCCAUUCAGACGGCGGACACAAACACGAACAUUGAGACAGGAGCAGCAGCAGGCCAGACCAUUGAAAGCUCGGAAUUAGCGGAGGUUGGCCAUUUAAGCGAGAUCUUGGUGCUGAAUGACACGCAAAUCGAUGUCGAUGUUGAUGUCGAUGUUCAUGGACAUCAGCACCAGCACAGGGACGAAGACGGGGCCAAGGUGGAGCCAAAACUAGCGCCGGCAGCACUGGCCAACGACAACAUGGACAGGGACAUGGAAAAGGCCAAAAAGCCUGCGCCCCUAGCUCGCAAUGAUGAGGAGGAUGAAGAGUAUGAGGAUAACUUGGAAGAGGCGGGUCGGCAGCAACAACUGGAAGAUGAGGAUGAGAGGGAGGAGUUGUCUGCAAAUGCUAAUUAUGUGUGCUGUCAAUACCCGGCAACAACAACAGCAACUGCAACAGGAACAGCAACAACAACUUUGAACCGCAGCAAGUCGCGAGUGCGCAACUAUCUAAAGAAAUGCAAGCAACGCUUAACGGGUCAGCAACAGCCAAAAACAACAGCAACUACUGCAACAACAACAACAACGACAACCACUACAACGACAAUAACAUUGAUCAAGAAUGAGGCAGUGAACAGGACAGCACCCACGACGACGACGACGACGUCGACGACGACCACAAAAGAGAAGGAAGACGAUGACGACGAGGAUGGUGGAUAUGCCAUUGUAGUGGAUGGAGAAGAGGAAGAGUCUGGUAGCGGAGAUGAUGCCUAUACCGACUUCUUGCCCAUUGACUUUGGUCUAAGUCCAGCAUCAACACCAGCAACAACACCAUCAGCAACGGCAGCAACAACACAAGCAACACCAUUGCCAACACUGCAGGCGGUCGUCGAGCUGGAGCCACAUCUUGCGGAUGAGGAUGAAACCAACUCCAACUGCAAAUCCAACACAAACGCCAACGCCAAACCCUUUUUAUGGGGCGCCUUUAAACAGUCCACAACAACAACAGCAACAGCAAUGCCUUUGGUUGAGUCAACUACGACUCCAUGUCCUACACCUCAUACAGCUAAUCCCUCAACUUGCUUGAGUUACUGUUCGAUACCCUCUGAGGUGGACACCAUGCUGGCCCAACUGAUUGACAGCCAUCUGUCGCACAUUUAUCCCGUCUACUGGGCACGCACGCGUGCGAUAUUAAUCCAACAGGCACGUGAUCUGCUCGCAUGCCGUUUCGAGGGCAGCCUUCCUAGCUUCGAGCAGCGAUUUCUAUGCAAAUUUGCACAAAUUGCCGCAACACUGCGCUCCACUCAUCAAAUUGGCGAGUCCUGGUUAUGGCAUGCCGGCUGGCCCCUGGCUACACCCAAUGGAGAGUUGGUGCUGCAGUUGAGUGACGCUGAAAUUGCUCACGCACUGCAACCAAACGAAUUGUCUUUGUGCAUCAAAUUGGACUUUGGCGCAGAGGCCACACCACAGCUAUAUGCUGUUUGGCGCUCGUCCCGUCUGAAAGAGAGCAAUAAUAUUCAAAGCUAUUGCAUCGAUUAUAAAAAUCCACAACAAUUGCCGCUGAGCGUAGUGCAUCUGGAGAUGUCCAUGGCGGCAGCAAUGAUAUCCGAUGGCGGUGAAUUGCCGCAGCUAUUGCAGAAUCUAUUGGUCAGUGUGGAACGUAGCAUUGAGCGUGUGUCGCUAAAUGAGCUACAGAUGCCAGCAGCAACUGCUGCCAUCACUACCAUGACCGAUGAGCAGCAUCAGCACCAGCACCAGCACCACCACCAACAACAACAUCAUCUCGAUGAGUCCAACAACAACAAUAAUAAUAAUGGCAACAGCAAUUUAGUUGGUUCACCCAAGUGUGCAUUAAGACGCAGCGAUUUGAUAACCAAAAACAAACUGUUUAACAACCGUUACAUGCUCCGGCGUUUGACCAAUCGCCAGGAUAGCAUGAAUUCCACCUCAUCCGGCAAUAGUAAUAUCAGCGAUAGAAGUAGCAGCAGUAGCUCUAGCUCCAGCUCGAGUAGUGCUGGUGAAGAGCUACUUACAACAAGCAGCAGCAACAACAACAACAAUAACAGCAACGAUACCAUCACAAAACCAAUAGAGGCAUCCAUAUCGCCAGCCUUGCCUCUCUUCUGCCUGGGUAAUUCAUUUCCGCACAUCGACAGUGAUGAGGAGCCAAGUGACGGCAGUGUCAGCAAUGGCAACAGCAACGGCAACGGCAAUAAGAAACAUCAAACAACACUGGAGACCAAUGAAGUAGCCGUGGAAUUGCUACCGCCCAGUUCAAUUGCUGAGCUACCCGAGAAAUUGCUGACCAGUGGCGUUUAUCUACCAGGCACACGCACCCUACGAGGCGACCCACUUGUGAGUGUGAACGCUGCCUGUGUGGCGUCCGCUGGCCUCAACUGUUACGAACUGGCCACACUGUUGCUCUACUACAGCACAAUUCCAGAAAGCAGCAGCAGCAGCAGCAGCUCAACACCAACAGCAGCAACCCAACCAACAUCAGCAACAUCAGCAACUACUGGCCAUAAAAGUACAGAGCAACUGCAGCAGCAGCAACCCGCCCAGCAAACAUUUACCAUUUUAAUUGCCAUCGAGAAAUCUCAACAUUUAUGCGUAAUCGACUUAAUUUGCCAAAGUCUUAAAUUGUUGGCCAAACAGAUUGGUAAUUGUGAAAUUUUGGUGGUUUGUCCUGAUUUGAAUUUGCUGCAAUUGUGUAAUGAUCAGCAGAACUCCAACAACAACAAAUAUAGCAACAAUAACAUCAACAACAACAACAACAACAACAACAACGAUCAACCGCAACAGUCCAAUCCAUUGCAGACCUCGCAGUCAUCGCAUUUGGUUAAAUUCAUUAGCGUCGACCAAGUCACGACAAGUGUUGCGCCAUCACAGCUACCAAGCGGUCUGCUAGCAUCUAUGCCCGGCCAGCAUCAUCACGAUGCGGGCAAGUGGCGCGAAUUCUUCGCCCAGUUGGAGGCGUUUCAACGUCAAUGCUCUGAGGCCGGCGGUCGUCUGGUUGGGGCAUUGAGCGAUAUACGCGCUGCCGAUUUACAGGGUCUGCCAACACGUCGUCAACUUUAUGGCCAACAUCGUGCCCUAAGUCGCGCCCUUAUGGACUCACAGCUCAAUAAUCUGCGCAAGCGUGGCGCCGCACAACUCAAACAACUGCAGGAGUUGGCCAGAGCCAUCAAUUCCGUUCCAUUAAUGACGAUGACGUCACCAUCAUCAUCGUCAUCCUCAUCCUCAUCCUCAGCACUAUCGAUGGGCGAUUCGAAUGUGGCGUGCAAAUUGCGUAAGGUUACCCUCCUCUUCAAUGAAGUCGAUCGGGCUGCCCAACGUCUGGAACAGUUAACCGAGCAGAGACGCGAACGUCUAAGACAAUUGACGCGUCAGCGGGCCCUUGAGGAUGAAAUCACUGAGGUCACCUCUUGGCUGGGACAUGAUGGUGCAGAAAGUUUGCAGAAAUUCACCCAAAUCCAAUGGGAAAACGAAGAUCAAUUUAAGGCACAGGAGCAAGAGUUUGAAAAAUAUUAUUUCAUAGCUAUGAAACAUUUGGCCAAGGGUCGAGAUUUGCAUGCGGCAGCAAUUAAAAUUUCCGUACUUAGCGAAAGUUCAAAUAAUUUAAAAUUGGUUUUAGAUCAAUUUGCCCAAAAAUUGGAACAGACACGUGAACGUAUUGAGGGCUCAGCUCGUUUAUUGCAUUUGCUUAUUCAACAUCAACGUGAGGCAGGUGCCCAGGAUGAGCUGCAACGUCUGGCCGAACAAGUUGGGGCCACAGCAUUGCUUGAGAAGCAUCUGGAGAAGCCAUCAACUGUAUUGAGAAAGAAUAUAUCGGUUACCACCCUGCCUGUGGCGAGUAGUACACCAAAUCCCAUGAUCAAUAAGAGGGGCAGCUAUCGCUGUAGCUCUGGCAAUGGCAGCAACGGAGGCGGCAGCAGCAAUUGCAGUUGCUGGCGUGAGAGUCGCAAUCUGGAGGACAUGGAUGAACCGGAAGAGGAGCCCGAGGAUGUUGAUGUUGAGGAUUGUGAUGCCGAUGGCGAUGGCGAGGAGCAACAAUCGAAAAUUGCCGAUUCUGGUGUCGGUGUGUGCGAUAAUUGUGAAAGGAAUCCAAAAUUGGCACGCAUCUGCUCCUGUCAGAGUCUCAACGAGAAGAGUCACGAUGAGCUGCUUGAGGAUGAGUGCUAUGAUCGGCCGACAAAACGUUAUAUGGAAAUGCAUUCACCCAUGGAGGCAAAUGCCCAUCUGCAGUGCCAUGGCUCCAGUCUGGAGUUACCCAAAUUGGAGGAACUAAGCUGUUUGGAACCAAAAAUACAAAAAACGCUUCUAUUGAUCAUGCGCGAGAUGAUUGGUACCGAACGCGACUAUGUCCGCUCCUUGUACUACGUGAUCGAGAACUAUAUUGAUGAGCUACUACGUGACGAUAUACCGCAGCCAUUGCGAGGACAACGUAAUGUGAUUUUCGGUAAUAUUGAGAAAAUAUUCGAAUUUCACAAUUCCCAUUUUCUUGGCGAAUUGGAACGCUAUGAGCAUAAUCCGCUCAAGGUGGGCGCUGCCUUCCUCGAAAUGGAAUCCAAAUUCUAUUUGUAUGCCCUGUACAAUAAGAAUAAACCGAAAAGCGAUACACUGCUAAGUGAAUACGGCAGUUCGUUCUUUAAGCCGAAGCAAAUGCAAUUGCAGGAUAAAUUAGAUUUGGCCUCGUAUCUACUGAAGCCUGUCCAGCGUAUGGGUAAAUAUGCUCUGCUGCUCCAGCAACUGGUCAAGGCCUGUCGCAGUGUGGAGGGGGCAGCGCUGCAGGAGAUCGCCGCCGAUGUGGAGGAGCUGCAGCGGGCCGAGGAGAUGGUUAAAUUUCAAUUGCGUCACGGCAAUGAUCUGUUGGCCAUGGAUUCGUUGCGCGAUUGCGAUGUAAAUGUCAAGGAGCAGGGACGUCUGCUCAGGCAGAAUGAGUUCCUUGUGUGGCAGGGACGCGGUGGCAAAAAGACUUUGCGUCAGGUGUUCCUCUUCGAGGAGUUGGUCCUAUUCAGUAAGGCAAGACGCUUUCCCGAUCACAAGAAUCUGGACAUCUAUAUAUACAAGAACAGCAUCAAGACCUCGGAUAUUGGUUUGACAGCGCAUACAGGAGAUGCGGCAACGAAAUUUGAGAUUUGGUUCAGAAAACGUAAACCCGAUGACACUUGGAUGCUCCAAUGCAUGUCGGAGGAUAUUAAAAAUGCCUGGACGGAGGAGAUCUCCAAAUUGCUCUGGAAGCAGGCGAAACGAAAUCGAGAGGUUCGCCUAGCGGAGAUGUCAUCCAUGGGUAUUGGCAGCAAACCCUGCCUAGAUAUACGACCCAGUCAUAAUCAGAUCAGUGAUCGUUCUAUACCACUUGCCCAGCUAAAUAAAACUCCCAAACUACGUUAUUCGGAGCCUGGAGGCAAAGGCAGCAUGCGACGACCCAAUUCGUUAAUAUCGGAAAGUUCACUAUCGAGUGGCACCAGCACCACCAGCAGCUCGUCCAUUAGCGGUGGCUCCUCAUCUGGUCAUGGUGGUGGUAUUGGUGGUGGCCAUGAGAGUAACUCAAGUAGCCGCCAUACAUUGCACUUUGGCAAAUUGCCCGGUUCGAGUCACAGUUGCCAUAACACUUUGCCCGGCCUGAGUAGUGCUUCAACCACUUUGGAGCUGAUCAAUGAGACGCAGGCCCUUAAGUUGAGCAAUCAUGAAGUUGCGGCUCCUGCUGCAGUUGCAGCGGAGAGCACCACCACCACCACCACUUCCACCUCCACAACGUCGGGUUCUUCGAGCAGCAAGCGUCAUCAUCAUCACAAGCGAUCGACAACAAUUGUCAGCCAACUGUCCAUGGAGAGCGGCAUUGUUGCCGAUAUAUCCGUGACACCGGAGCAGGAGCAUGCCGCCAUCACGGAUCACUUAAUGGGCAGCAAGGGUAGCUGGUCCACAUCCACCACAUCGGCAUCCACAAUGAGCGCUGCCUCAACGGUUAUCCUGCGACGCUAUAAAUCGUAUGCCCAUGCCGCCGAAUCGGCCCAACCGACGACGGAUAGAAGCAGCAGCAGCAGCAGCACUAAAUGAAUGAAUAAUUCGAAAUCGAAUUUGAAUUUCUGGUUAAAUACAAAUUUCAUAGCUUUAGCAAAUUAAGAAAACGGUUUCAUCAGAUUCAUUAUCCAUUA